AUUUACAGGGACUCGGGGAGCUCUCAGGGGAGGAGGAUGUGAGGUGCAAGAACUUAUGUGAAUUUACAGGUACUGUGACUGGGUGAGCCCUUUGGGAACUGCCCAAGGAGAGGGUUGAUGAGGGGGCUCUGCCCCCAACACCCUCCAAAAACCAUUAUCUUCAUCAUGGUGACGGAAGAAGGAGAAGAUGGGUUCUGAAGUUGGGUUGAAGCAGCGUAUUGCACGAUGGAUGGAGGAUCACCGGGGACUGAUUGUCGUGCUGAUUGUGCUACCGCUUUCACUCAUUUUUGAUGCUUUGAUGCAGUUCCGACACUGGGUCUUCCGUAAAUUCAUUUCUGCUCCAGAAAAGCAUGAUGAGCGUGUCAGGGCUAUUCAGAAAAAGGUUCGGAAAUGGUCAGAGCAGCCUCAGAAGGACAGAAAGAUGAUGUGCACAGCUCGCCCCAACUGGCAGUCCCUCUCGACCACUUUCUUCAGAAAGGAUUUGUGCCACAAGAUUGCUAUUCCAUUGUAUGACAUUCUGGAGCUAAAACCAUCCCACAUGAGCAUUCGUGUAGAACCAAUGGUUAGCGUGGGCCAGGCAACAGCCUUCCUGGUGCCGAGGGGCUACACUCUUGCAGUAUGCUUAGAAGUUGCUGAAGCAACGCUGGGCGGUCUUGCCAUGGGUGUUGGAAUGACAACAUAUUCUCACAAGGUUGGCUUGUAUCAAGAAUCCAUAAUAGCAUACGAAAUGGUUCUGAGUGAUGGUUCAUUGGUGAGAGUGACACGGGACAAUGAAUAUAGUGAUUUGUACCAUACAUUACCUUGGUCACAUGGCACACUUGGCUUCCUUGUGGCUCUUGAGUUGCAGAUUAUCAAGAUUAAGCCACACAUCAAGAUGGAAUACAUUCCUGUGAAAGGCAAGAAGAACUACUGUAACAUGAUGAGGGAACUUUCAGGAGCUCUUGAUAAAGACAAAGCCACUCCUGAUUACUUAGAAGCUACAAUCUAUAACAAGGAAGAGGCUGUGAUUAUGGUUGGCAAUUUUUCUGAUGUCCCACCUGGUGAGGAAAACAAGAUCAAUCAUUUAACACGUUGGUACAAGCCAUGGUUUUACAAGUACGUGGAAAGGUUCUUGAAGAAGGGCCGUGAUUAUGAAUACAUUCCUCUUGGAGACUACCUUUUGCGACACAACAGGGCAAUCUUCUGGGUGGUGGAGACAAUGAUUCCUUUUGGCAAUAAUGCACUCUUCAGAUUCUUCUUUGGCUGGUUGCUUCCACCUAAAAUUGCUUUCCUGAAGUUUACUACAACACCAGGUGUAAGGGCCAUGACCUUUACCAAGCAGGUGUUCCAGGAUAUUGUGUUACCUAUGAACCAGCUGGAAGACCAGAUAGAUAAGUCUGAGGAAUUAUUCGACUUGUAUCCUGUUCUUGUUUAUCCUUGUCGAAUUUAUGAUCAUGGCCCUCACAGAGGUCAGUUACGUCCACCACGUAAAGAUCAGAUGGUGCCAGGAGCAAAUUAUGGAAUGUUCAAUGAUCUUGGAGUCUAUGGGGUACCGAGACCUGUGCUUGAGAAGAAGCGCUUUGAUGCAGUUGAUGCAAUGAGGAAAAUGGAAAGGUUCACACAAGAAGUAGGAGGCUACCCAUUCUUGUACGCUGACACUUUUAUGACAAGGGAGGAAUUUGAGAAGAUGUUUGAUCUUACGGCUUAUGAGCAAGUGCGAGCUAAAUAUAAUGCUAAUGGGGCAUUUCCUCAUCUUCAUGAUAAGAUCAAGCCCGAAAUUGAUGUUGUGGAAGUCGGGAAGCAGUAUAUGGAUCCUUUGUAAAAGAAGAGCAGGAGGAUGAUAGAUGCAAAGUAUUCCUUUUGAACUACUAUGAUAGUUUUGAACUGCAGGCAGAGGACAGUGACUGUCAGAGAGCUUGGUGUCCUUAACUACCUCAUGAAGGAAUACAAUUUCCACAAGCCUUUUUGUUGUAUUUUUGACGUGUUUUUAUAAAUGCCAUUUCUGUGCAUAUCUUUGUACUGUAUGUAAUGUAGGAUAUAAUGUCAUAAAUACUAAAAUUAAGGUGAUAUAAUCUACACUGCCAUUACAACUAUUUCCUGCCAUCUAUUGUUAACAUGGUAAUGUUAUUCAUUCCCUCUGUAUGAAAAAUAAAAGAGCAAAGACUGAA